AUGAAAAUUUCAAUUUUAUUAAUUAUCUGUAUAAUUUAUUUAUCAAUUUCAAAUGUUAAAUCAUAUGGAGAAUCUGAUAAUUCUGGUUAUCCAAAUUAUCAAGAAAGAGAAGCUCACACAAUGAUGAAUGUUGUUCGUCAAUUGCCAACAAAAUAUAGAGAUACUUUUAUGACUGGAUAUUCUGGUUACCAAAAUUUAUUUACCACAUCAACAGCUUUACCACCAACUACACCAGUUUAUUAUAAUCAAACAUUAGGUUAUCUUGCAAGAUCACACUCUUCAGAAAUGGGCAUUAAAGGUUAUUUUAGUCAUAACAGCUAUGAUGGAACUUCUUGGAGUACUCGUUUCGAUUCCUUUGUUGCCGGUUGUCAAUCUGCAGGAAAUUCAAUUGCUGAGAAUAUUGCAGCAGGAGGGGUAUCAGGAAUCGGAACAACUAGUCAAUUACUUUGUGAUGCUGUUUCUGGUGUUUGUGUAGUUGAUACAAGCUCUGAUGCUGGACACCGUAAGAAUAUAAUGGGAAACUAUAAAAUCGUUGGUAUUGGUUUUUACUAUAACUCAAGUAGUCAAUAUGGAAAUUAUUGGACCCAAGAUUUUGAUAAUGGUAUUUGUGGAUUACCAACUACUCCAAUUUAUUCAGGAUUCCAUACUUUCUUCUUUGGAGCAAAUGCACCAAAUUAUUAUUUAUCAUAUUAUAGUUCAACAGAUGCAGCAAGUAAAGUAUCAUUUAUUUUUGAAAAUGGAACAUCAAUUGAUAUGACAUUAUUUGGUGGUACAGCCAAUUCUGGUAUUUAUACAACUUCAACAGUUUAUCAAGUGUGUGCUAAAUAUUAUUUCUCUGUCACAAGUGCAAGUGGUAAAACAUAUAGGUAUCCAGAUACUGGUUAUUUACAAUUAACUAAAGCCAGUACAUGUGCUUCUUGGGUUGCCUCUUCAUCUAGUUCAACCACAUCUACUACAUCAACCUCAUCAACUACCUCCAAACCAACUACUACAUCAACCACAUCAACUACAUCAACAACAUCAACAACAUCAACUACCUCUAAACCAACAACUACAUCAACAACAUCAACUACAUCAACUACCUCUAAACCAACAACCACAUCAACUACAUCAACUACAUCAACUACAUCAACUACUUCCAAACCAACUACUACAUCAACCACAUCAACUACUUCCAAAACAACUACUGGUUCAUCAACAACAACAACUGGUUCAUCAACAACAACUGGUUCAUCAACAACCACAUCAUCACCAUCAACUACAGAUACUCAAACAGAAUCUCUUGAGGAUGGAUCAACACCAUCAAGCUCUAACACUGUAAAAUCAUCAUUAUUAAUUGUAUUGGUAUCACUUGUAUUAUUAAUUGCUUUCUAA